ACCCCCGCCGCUGCCACCGGACUUGCACUCAGCGCAGCCGAGCUGGCGGACGGGCGGCGAGCGGGGAUGCCGGCGGGACGGCGGCGGCGGCGGCAGCAACAGCAGCGGCAGGAGCAACAGCAGCAACAGGAGCAACAGCAGCAGCGGCAACAGGAGCAACAGCAGCAGCGGCAGCAGGACGGGCGACGGGACCGGGCGAACGGCUCUCCGCCGAGUACGGGAGAGCACACGCAGUUGCAGGGGAAUCAGGAGGUGCGAUGCUCAAACCAUGAUGAAACACAUACACUCGUUCUCUCCUCUGAUGGGAUGCUUUCUGAGCAGUGGGCUACUGCUUCAGCUCACUGCUCUAAGACAAGGCUGGUGAAAGAACUAGAAGACCAUCAUAUUGUUCAAAUAGCAUGUGGGGACCAGCAUGCCAUGGCACUCUCCAGAGGAGGUGAGCUCUUCACCUGGGGCCAGAAUGCCCAUGGACAACUUGGAGUGAGCAGCCAAAAUGCGCUCAUCCCAAAGCCACAGCUGGUGGAAAGACUAAAGGGCAUCCCACUCGCUCAAAUUGCUGCUGGAGGAGCUCACAACGUUGCUGUGUCACUCUCUGGAGCUGUGUACUCCUGGGGAAAGAAUGAUUUUGGACAGCUGGGACUCGGACACACAAGAGACAGAGGCUGCCCAUCCUACAUAAAAGCAUUAGAGCACUGGAAGACUGUAUUUGUCUCAUGUGGAGCAGAUCACACAGCAGUUCUCUCCAAGGAGGGGUUGGUGUGCACCUUUGGAGCAGGAGGGUCUGGCCAGCUUGGUCACAACUCCACUCGGAAUGAACUUGUGCCUCGUCUGGUGGCUGAGCUGUGGGGAGCAAGAGUCUCUCAGAUUGCCUGCGGCAGACAGCACACCCUGGUCUAUGUCCCCUCCUUGGACACAGUCUUUUCAUUUGGUUCUGAUGAAGAAGGACAGCUGGGAGAUAAAAGAAAGCCUAAUCAGUUGAUACCACUUCCCAUUGAUUCACCAGUGAAUACUGGAAAAUCCCAUCAGGAAAACAACACAUCACAAAAGGUGAUUGAAAUUACUGCAGGAGGAAACCAAAGUAUUGUCCUCUGCAAGAAGAACAAUAAUUCCUGUUUGAAUGGAAUUGCCACUCUGCAGGAUGAAAAUGUGGAUGCAUGGAUCUCUAGUUCCAGUACACGAGACUGGGAGAGUGUAAAAAAGAAUAUCGGAUUGAUCUUUUCAUCUGAGGCCUGCAUCAACGGAAGCUUCCUGGCAAAAAGAGACAAACAUUUCAAAACUUCCACAGAAGUCUCAGGUGUAGACAUGGCAGAAGUGCAACAUUUUUAUGAGAAGGUCAGCAAGGUGCCAAAAGUCUUCGGGGAGGUGUUAAAGGGGAUUUUGAAGUUACAGUCAUCAUUGUCUUCCUCUCCCAUCUCACCUGAAAAUUUCAGAGUCUACUUGAUCUUGCCUUUUCUUCUCCAGGGAGAGUUUAACACCUCUUGUGCUCUCAGGCGGGUAGCACAAACCAUCACAAAACUCCAGCCACACAGCCUGCGAACACUUGAAUGCCUGUGGUCAAAUCUAGAAACAUCCUUUUUCAAGCAGCUGGUCAUUCUAUAUCAGAGAGUCUCCCAGAUGAUCCUGUCUGGCUUUCUCGAGAAUGUCAGACGUUCGCGACAAAGCCUCUACCACCUGGACCCACGUCAAAUAGUGACCCUGCAAAUGCUGCAGAUUCUUUACCAGGUGAACUCCAGAACUGGUACCAGAGUAAAAGAAAACACCUUCUAUGUGCCUGAAGUAAAAAAGAUUAUCUAUAUGUGUCAUUUCGUUGAUAUAAGAGGAACAGCCCUAUGGAUGCUGAGCAGGUAUCCAUGCAUCUUUGACAUACAAGGGAAGAUCCUGGUUCAUUUUACAGAAUGCAACACUCAGGCCAGCCAUUCGAGUGGUAUACCCUUAAUAGUGGCGGCCAAGAAGCUGUGGUGGUUUCCAGUCAAAAGACAGUGUCUUCUGCAAGACAUAUGGACCCAUUUAAAUAAGGCAUCAACCCAGCAGUUUAAGAAUCUCUUACAGGUGUCGUUCGAGGGCGAGCCAGGAGCGGACGACGGUGGGCUGGGCCGGGAGCUCUUCAGCGUGGCCGCCAGGACCCUCUGCCAGCCCGACACUGGGCCGUUCCACCACCUCCCCUCCGGCCUGCUGUGGUUCCCCAGCCAGCAGGCCCGGAGCAGCCAGCACACCUUCUUCCAGAUCGGGACGCUGUGCGGAAUGGCGCUGUACAACGGGUACACGGUGCCUUUCCCCUUCCCCAGGGCUCUCUACAAGAAGCUGCUGGGCCUGGAGCCCGACCUCGGCGACCUGGAGGAGCUGUUGCCAGCCGCAGGCCGGAGCCUUCAGAGAAUUUUGGAUGAAGAAUGUGAUCAAGUCCUUGAGAGCCUGGACAUGGACUUCACGAUAAUGGAAGAAGGAGGUUCCAUGGUUCCUGUUGAACUUAAAGAAAAUGGUGCCAACAUUCCUGUCACUAAGGAUAACAGGAAAGAAUUUGUUGACUUGUAUGUGAACUAUGUGCUCAAUAAAUCGAUACAGAAGCCAUUUGAGGACUUCAUGCAAGGGUUUUUAAGAGGCUGCCCAGCUAAGCAGUGGAAGAUAUUUCUCCCUGUAGAACUCCAGAUUGUUAUCCAGGGACACACAGAAUUUGACUGGAAUCUGCUGGAAAAGAAUGUGAAGUACGUACACUAUAAACAGUUAGAUCAAACCAUUGGGAAUUUUUGGGCUGUGUUUCAUAAACUCCCAGAAGAAAAAAAGAAGAUGUUUCUUGCUUUUUUGUCAGGGUCUGAUCGAAUCCCUGCCUGUGAACUGGAACAUUUUUGUUUUUAUAUUAUAGAUCCUCAAGCAGAAAAUCCAGAUGAGUGCUAUCUUGUUGCCAAUACUUGCAGACGCAUUUUGUUCCUCCCCAGAUACAGCAAUAAAAGAAUACUCAAGAAAAAGUUGCUCUGUACCAUAGAGCAUAGUGAAAAUUUUGGCUUGCGUUAACUCUUGGUAAGAAGCACUUUAAAGCAAAAGUAGGAAAACAAGUCCUCGUUUCACAUGUUAUAUUUCUUUCUUAAUUAUUCCAAUAUACUGGUUUCCACACUGCCUUCUUUUUAAUGCACUUUAUACACUUGAGUGUGUGUAUUCACUGAGAUUUUAUACAGAUUAUAAAAAUGAGCUUAAACCAGAUUACCUGAUUGUUAGAUUAUAAAGUUAGGAAAGAAGAAUCCUAUUUACCAUGCUACAAAGAAGCAAGCUGAUAACCAAGUGUAUUUACGUCUAUGUGCAUCUUGUCUGCCUUGGACCGGUCUUGUUUAGUUGGUGAGCUUUCAGCAGUGGGGAUUCUGCAAUUUGAACAUUACUAAGUGUAUAGCCAGUACAUGCUAAGCAUUCAUUGUUGCAAGAGGCAGCUACGGCAAAGUUUUACUCUGUAUUAGUUAUAAGAUUCUUUUGGGGAGUAAGUAACGCUGAGGAGACUUGUUCCUGCAAACUGUGAAUUGAAAUAGCAGUCCGUGCUCACCUGAGUAUAGCCUUUGACUUAUCUGAGAGAAGUUCUUAGGAUGAGGAUCUGAUCAUUCUUAGGCUUUAUUGAAAGCUACAUUUGUAAAACAUUAAUGGACUUUUUAUUAUUUAGUGUGAUAUCACUGUUAUAUUUGUUGUCCUUCUUUAUAUCUUCUAAGGACAUGUUGGGCAAUUAAAUUAAACAAAAUUUUAGGCUUGCAGAACAACUGUGUACAUGAGGCUUGCAGGGCUGCUGGAAGCGUGUUGCCAAAACUGCGUAGCACUGGCAGGAUAUUGACCAUGUCAGGCAGGACAUAAAGGCAGAGGAGGUAUUUUUCUGUGUAUUUUGCUCUGUGUAAAAACAUAGAAAGAAAGAGAGAGAGUGACAGCAGUCAUGAAUUUUCAGCAGUCCUCCUCCUUCCUUUGGUGUGUUAAAUGUGUCAGUGGACAUACAUAUGUAAUGAAGACUUUUACUGUAUGCAAUUAAAUUAUUAUUUAUUAAAUUUC